CCAAAGUCUAACUUAAUUGUUUUUGGCGAACUAAACUUUACCUCAAACAGAGCUCUACAUUACAUAGCAAGCAUGUUGACUGCAGCGAAGUUACAGUCACUAUGGCAGUUGACUUGUCCAGUGCUUAAGUACUCCCCAAGGGGACUAAGAGCAGUGUUUGCUUUGAGAGGUGCAAAAUGUGUACAGCCAUUAGUUCCAAAAGUUUACACAAGCUGCAGAUUCAUUCAUGGGUCAAAUAAAGAGACACAAAAACUUGUGGAAGUAGAGCCACCUUAUCUGGAUCAAGAAAUUGAAAACUUAAUACCGCAUUAUGGUGAACUAAACAUCGUUAUGGAGGGUUUUGACUGGGUGGUGCUGGAAAGCUUUGCUGCCUAUGCUCUUAAGAAAUGUACCGAAUUUGGACACGAAGCAGAAUUAAUACCUGUACCUUUACGCAAACUGAAGACAACCACACUAAAAGAUGAGGACUCAAAACAAGAUCCAAGUAUAAUUUUAAACAAGUAUAAUAGGACUAUGCAGCUUCAAAAUGUCCCAGCAUAUGAAGUACCAUUCAUUUGUCAAGUUCUGGCACGGCACAUCCCAGAAGGUGUAGAAUUCACUGUCAGAGAGCCUGAUCCUGCUGAUGACGCCUACUUCUAUAUCCCAGACACGGAAUUGGAGCAACUGAAAGCAGAAGUUGCAGCAGAACAUGAAGAAAAGAAAGCCAGAAAGCUGGCCAAAAUUGCAGAAAAGCAAAACGAGUGAACCAUAUUGACUGUUAGUGUGUGUGUGUGUCUGUGUGGCAUCUCGGAAUCAGAACAAGUUCUGAUCAGUGGCAGUGGGGGGACUAAUCCCGUCCCUUGGAGAAGACAAAAAUCUUCUAUUAAAGUGUACUUGUUUCACAUCAUUGUAAAUGGAAGAAGUAUUUCUUUUUAAGAACUGCAUCCAUAAAGAACACUGCUUGUUCAAACAAAUUUGUUUACAUCAAAUUUAUUUCAAUCAUCCACCUUUCUUAAAGGAAACUCUGUCUUGAGAAUAGGUCAGUGAUCACUUAGUGAAUAAAUAAAUGACAUUAUUCAUGGGUGCAAGUUGACCGAUUGAAAUAAAAA